UAAAGGAGGGUCGUAGGACACAGCCUUCAGACUGAUCACUCACUCAGCUGCAGCUGCUGUGCUUGGAGGUGUUUUCCUACAUGCUCCAGCUCCUGGACCUUCACCAUGAGGCUCUUUAAUGUUUGGCUUUUUAUCCUGUGGAUGAAUGUGGAUGAGUCUUUGCAACAGGGUGCCAUACGGUGUGGUCAUCCUGGUGAUGCGCAGUUUGCAGAUUUCCGGCUGGAGCAGGGAGAUGACUUUGUCUUUGGGUCAAAAGUUGUGUACACCUGUCACAAAGGGUAUCAAAUGAUGAGCCGGAGAAACUUCCGGACCUGCAUGGCAGAUGGCUGGGAUGCUGUUGUUCCUGUCUGUGAAGCAUCCCAGUGCCCGCCGAUUCCUGUAGGAAACAAUGUUCAGGUGUUCGGGGACACAGACGAAGCCACCUUUGGAAAUGUGGUUCGCUUUAGCUGCAAGUCCAGCAGAGAAAUCCUGGAAGGGCCAGAGGAGGUUUACUGUGAUGAGACUGGACAAUGGAGCGGCCAACCCCCAACAUGCACAGCUGUGAAGUGUAAAGUACCUAUGAUUCCAAAUGGUUUUGUGAGUGAAAAUAAACAAAAAUACUAUGAAGAUGAAGUCCUGCCUUUUGAAUGUAAUGAUAAAUACAAGCCCAGUGAAGAUCGACCAUCGAGAUGCAUGAAAACAGGACAGAGAGUCGACUGGAGCCCCACACCUGGAUGUGAACCAAUUAAAUGUAAACUGAAAUUACCACCACUCGAGGGAACCAGUUAUACACCUGAGUACACAAAUCUGUUUCUACCUGGUGACAGUGUAACAGUGAGGUGUGGAGACAGGUACGGGAUCACUGACCGUCAGGUUGAAACAGCAGACGUCUUAUGUAAAAAAGAUGGAGAGUGGGAAAUACAACCAGUUUGCCGAGAGGUUAUAUGUCUCAAACAAGCUCCACACGUGAGACAAUGGUAUGACAUGUGGAGAAGAGCAGUAAUUCACGACAUGGUAGAUUAUUAUUGUGAGUCGGGCUACCAGAAACCACAUGGCGUCACCAGGGCCACAUGCACCAGAGGUGGAUGGAGACCAGAUCCACUCUGUGAAGAAAUCCCCAACACAGGAACAUGUCUGUUACGUACUGACCCAGACGCAGUCAUUCAGAAUUCCAAAGCUGAGUACGGCUACAACGAGCAGAUCCACUACGUCUGCAGUGCGGGCAGGGGGCAGUUCUCUCUGACCUGUAGCGAAGACGGUUGGUUUGGGUUUCGAAACGGUUCAGAGCCUACAGACUGUGGGUCCCCACCACCUCUACCAGAUGGAGACGUCAGAUACACCAUGAGAAGCCAAUACAAACACUGUGAGCAGGUUGAGUACAUGUGUCAGACGUACUACACCAUGGAGGGAGAACCGUACAGAACCUGUGUAGAUGGUGAAUGGACCGGACACAUGAGAUGCCUCAAGCCCUGUAUUGUAAAUGAGGACAUAUUCAGGCAACAUAACAUAACUUUACAAACCAACGACAAACCAUUCUUCAUUCAUGAUGAAAUCCUGGCGUUCAAGUGUGCCAGAGGAAGUCCGUCUGGAAGGGUGGCCAUGAGCCAGAGGUGUAGCAGUGGUGAGGUCUUCCUGCCCAGCUGCUCCUAGGACCUUCAUCAGCAGGACGCACUCAGAGAUGCUGAUCAUUUUAAUAAAACGUACAAUAUCA